UGGCGGCGUCAGUUGUUUGGUGUUUUCAGCCCGAAUUGAAAUUUUAAAAUUAAACCGUGUUCGUGAUCAAAAUGGAUAAUAAAAAGAGUCCCAUUCGAAGGGCGAAACGUGCGGCAAAAGUGUUGGAAGAUAAUUUCUGGGAUUGCAGUGUGUGUACGUUCAGAAAUACCGCGGAAGCGUUUAAAUGCUUAAUGUGUGACGUUCGCAAGGGGACAUCGACGAGAAAACCGAGGAUAAAUCCUCAAUUAGUUGCCCAACAGGUACCGAGCCAAUUUUUACCGGCGACGAGUAACCCGAAACGGGAGAAGAAGGACAAGAAAUCGUUGAAAAAACGACGGCAUCCGCCCCGUUUAAAAAAUGUCGACAGGAGUAGCGCUCAAACCCGGGAAGUUACCGUUAACAGUGUCACCGUUGUUAUUACCGAAUAUAAACCAAAAAUUAAAACUGCGGAGACGGUGACCAGUAGCAGUUCGUCGGAUCACGGUUCGCAAUCCGAAUCGAGCAUGGAUGCUAGGUGAAUGUUGUAGUCUUAAGUGUAGUGAAUAUUAGGGUGAAUUUAUCUCGACGGGACGCACUUUUUUUUUUCUCGAUAUGUGGGAUGUCAGUGACUCGGAUGGGGACAAUGACUCAUCGAGCCAGGCUAACGCAUUGCGUUUUUUCUCCCGGCCCACUGCCAUUGAAAAGUUUGGUUAGGUUCUGGCGCGUUCGUCAGAAUUAAAAAAGCAUUUUCGAGGUGAAAAGAUUGAAAACGAUAAGUAGAAAGUAAUAUUAUGAAGCCAAUUGUUGUCUUUGUGGUAAUAUCUCAUCAUAAAGUACGGCUUUAAGAAUAUCCGCCAUCAAAAUUCAACAAAUUAUUGCAAAAUUUGAAUAGAUGAUGUUAAUUAAAUAUUAAUCAACCUAAAAAAGUUUAAAUUAUACAGUGGUCACUUAAGUGCGAAAUUGGUGUGUGUCAGCUAAAUGGGUACAGGUAUGGCGGUAAAAUAAGGUUAAUAAUUUUAUCGUAAAAAAGUAUUACUAUUAUAAAAGCACACUUUCUGCAUAUUUUUUUUAAUUUUACUUUAUUUAUAUUUAAUCUAGAUUAAGCAAGUAAAUUUUAAAACUUGCCCAAUGACAAAUGACAAAAAGCGAGGGGUAAAUCAGGCUUGAAAUCUGGUACCAGCUCUGAGACAUCUGUGAAAUUUUUGUUAUCUGUGAAAACAUUUUCAGUUUUAGUUAGUUACUAUAAGAUUUCACAGAUUUCACACUGAUUUCAGAAAUUACAGAUUUCUGAUCGUUUUUAGGGAUUUGACAGAUUUUUAAAAUUUUUGUAUUUCGUCGUAACUAAAAAAACUUUUAAAGUAAAAAGAAAACAUAUGUUCAAAAGUGGGCGUUAUUUAAUGUUUAUAAAUUUUAAAAACUGGCAUACAAAUGCUUUUAAUUUUUUUUUAAAUAUUUCCUUUUUCUUCGACUUUAAUUAAUUUUCUUCGUUAAAGAAAAACUUUUAGCUAAAUAGAAAGACUGAAGCGGAUUUUUUUUAAAAUGAAAACUAUCUACAUAUUUCUUGUGACCCACUCUUACGCCUAUUACCUUAUAACCUUAAAAAUGCUAGUAAGGUUGUUUCAAUCGGAAUUCAAUGAAUGAACGGAGGAUAUCGCGAAAUAAUUUUCUAACUAUCAAAAUUGGUUAGGAUUUUAGGAUGCCACCAAACCAUAGAUGUAUACUAAUUAGUUUGUUACGUAAAGAUAAUUAGAAACUGCUCAAAGCUUCAACAAAACUUUAGAAAUACUUUAUGAUUUCAAGUUUCAUAGAUUUCGCAGAUUUUACGCAUAAUAUAGGCAUAAAUUCGUAAAAAACAUUUUUUUCUAAUUGAUUUUAAUGGUAAUUUUUUUUCGAUAGAAAUUUAAUAAUUAUCAUCGAAAUUGUUAACUAAAUAUGUAAACUUGCAAAAAAAAAAUAAAAACAUAAAACGUAUUUUUUAGUAAAUCAAAAUUAAAAUCUCCCAUGAUAAUGUUUGUUCCCGUGGAAUCGCUCAGUUCAUCCAAAUAAUUUGAAAAAUAGUCCAAAAAUUUAGCAUUUUCCAACUGUGGAGGAUGAUAUGGACCACUACAUAGAUAUUUUGACCCAAAUAGCACCAUCUCCGCAGACAACAUCCGUACAUAAUUCUGUACACGAGAUACAUUCUUUAAUUUGUACUUUACAUCAUACCUUAUCAAUGCCAUCGCUCCUCCAGUUCUUCUAUUAUUGGUAACGCACUGUUCCAGCUUGUAUCCAUCAAUACACAACUCACUGUGAUGAAUAUCCCCAGAUACAUGAGUUUCAGAAAAAAACACUGCUUAGGGUUUCCAGUCAUUAAUGAGAACCAUUAUAUUGUCCUUAUUGUUCAGAUAUCCCUGACAAUUAAAGUAAACUACUCCAGAACUUAAGGCGAUAUUAGUGUCUAAUUGCUAUUUCACAAAUUUAUUACGUUGGACUUGUUCAAUGGGCUUAUAUGUCAUGCAGUUGUUUAUUCCCAUGCUGUAUGGUCAACAUUUAAUUUCAAACUAUAUUUGUUAUUGGCUGCUACAAAAUUUGGACACUUAAAUUCCUUACUAGCGCAGUCUUUUAUGUCAUGUGUACCACUGCAUUGUGGACAUAGUUUUUUAUCCUUACACUCUUUAGCCAAAUGACCAUAUUUACAGCAUUUAAAGCAUCUAACAAUUCCAUAAUCAUUGUAAAUUGGACAACGAUUCCAGCCAAUAUUCAUUUUUUCUUGUUCCAUUAAAGUUUGGUACGUAUCUAAGUUUACUUUAUGGAAUUUAUAAUAACAACAAAAGGUUUACGUAAUUUUUUUAUAUAUUAUUUUACUUAUUAUGUUAGUUAAGUACGGCGGAAUUGCAAAAAUUUGGAGUUUUGACCACUUUCUAUUGUUUAAAAUAUCAAUAUCAAUUUUCACAAACCGCAAACUUAAGCACAGAUAUUAUAAAAUUGGUGAUUUUAUUUGGAUUUUUUGGAAUAUUCACUCAGUAUAAGGUUACAAAAAAUAUUUUCUUUGCUUUUUUUCUAUGUCGCUUUAAUUGUUUUUUUUUACCUACACAUGAUUAUCAAUUAUCGAAAUUGGUAAUUAAAUAUUUUAAACAUGCCCUUUUUCCUAAAGAAAAUUAAAAUCGAAGAAAAGGGAAAAAAUUAAAGAACUAAAUUUUGAAAAAAAUUUCACGAUACUCUUUCUAACAAAAAAUGCUAAAUAUAUUUUUUAUAUAUAAUUUUUACUUUUCUUUUAACUCCACUGGAAUAAAAUUAUGUAGCUAUUUAAUGAAAAGUUGUGUCUUCCUAAGCAUAAUUUAAGUUUUUUUGAAAAUUUUAAACAUGUUUAUAGAAUUAUCAAAAUCAGUAUAAAGUUGCGAAAAAUAUUUUCUCUGCUCUUUUUAUAUUUGGCUUUAAUUGUAGUUUUUUUUCACCUGCACGUGAUUAACAAAUAUCGAAAUUGGUAAUUAAAUUUUUUAAACACGGCCUUUUUCUUAAAGAAAACUACUUAAAAUCGAAGAAAACGGAAAUAAUUAAAGAAUAAAAUUUUGAAAAAAUUUCUGAAUAUUAAAUCUUAUCUGUCUUAAAAAUUUAUGGAAUUUAUCAAAUUUGCAUUUAUUAAUUUAAAUCUUAAAAGUAACGAAGUAACGAUACCCUUUCAAACAAAAAAGACUAAAUGUUUUUUUUAUUUGUAAUUUUCACUUUUUUUUUAACUUUAGUAGAAUGAAAUUAUUUAGCUAUUUUUUUCUGUUUGGUUUUAAUUGUAUUUUUUUUUGUCUGCAGAAAAUUAGUUAAAGUCAAAGGAAAAAAUCAUGAAACCAUUUUGAAAAUGAUUUGCUUUUAUUAAUUUAAUACGAACACUACACUUUCCUAUUAAAAAAAAAAAAGUUGUGUUGUGUACCAUUUUUACUUAUUAUUUUAUUAACUCCGACGGAAUAAAAAAAAUCCCCAGACCCAACGCAUUGAUUUUCAAAGUCAAAAUUGUCGUCAAAACUGCCUGUCAAUUGACUAGUCAAAUUCGAUCAAAAUGUUGUAAAUAACAUCUUCCAAUUGAAUAGCGUUAUCUAUCAUUAUUUAAUAAUUACAUGUAUUUUGGUAAUAAAUUAUCAUAUCAAGGAAUACCAGAAUACGAUAAUCAAAAUUUUUAAAAUUUAAAAAAUUUAAAGGUGCUUUAACUCCACUAAAAAUUUUAGAAAUGUGUUAUAAUUUAAUAAAGAUAUAACAGAUAACAAAGAUUUCAGUUUCAAAGUUGAACUGCAAAAAUUAAUCAAUGGGAUUUUUUUCCCAGUGACCACUGUGUAUAUCGUUGGAGUUAGUUGACUCCCAAUGCGAUUUCAACAUGGCCGUUCAAGCUCCACGAAGUUCUAAUUAAGAACUGUGAUUUUGAAUCGCCAAAAACUAUAUUUCUAUAUUUAUGUCUUUUAAUUUUUUUUUUCGAAAAUUUUUUGAAUUUUUUUUUAUGGUAUUUACUGUUCCAAAAUAUGCUUCCUCGAAUGGUGCCAUUUUUAUUUCCGAUAAACGCGGCCCUAUUCGUAUGUUACACUGCCGUUAACCGAUCGUUGUUCAAACCGAACUUUAAUCCAAUUUUAGAUACGGAUGAUUUCAAUUCAAAAACUGUGACGUAUAAAUCGCAAGCGAAACGCAGUUAAUGCAUUUCGCGUGUACCUCGCUUAUAGUAAAUAUUGUGAAAUCGAGAGGUGGGGAACCUGGUAAACGAGUAUGUAUCGUGAAACGGACAGGAUGUAUGCCCAGAUGAUAAAAAGCUCAUUGUCAAUGUUUCGCAAGAAACUACGCCGUUUUGUAAUGUUAUGUAACAUUUUUUUUUAUAAAUGUGUU